AUGACAGUACGGCCCUGCACUUGCUCCGCAUCGCUACGUAGCACCAUUCACCACCCCCACUGCUCGAUCGAUCCAGCCCAGAGCGUGCCCUUCACGCGUUGCACACAUCAGUUCGCCACCGGACCUCCCGUCGACCUCCUCCGCCAGCUACACCUGCCUCACCACCGAAACUUGCCCCGUCCCGUCGCCACCCCGCGAUGUGAAUUCGCCCCUGUCAGCCACCUCCGCGAUUCCCUCUCCCAGUCUGCAACUGCAAUGACCAACCUCGCCUCCGAGGGCGACCAACACCCACCGCUCGACCUCGCACGUAUCACCCGCGCCUGGCGAGCCUUCAGAGCCUACCGCCGCCUCUCGCUCCAAGUCUUCGAUUCACAAGCACUGGCCUUCGAACAUCUCCCCGAAGACGCCAAGACCCUCAUCCCUGACGUCCCGAUCCGACUCUCCCAUGCCGCAGAGGCUAUCGAGCACAACGCCGAUGUCAUCGAGCGCAUCGCCGCCCUCGCUGGCAUUACAAAACCCUUCCAACUUGACGCGCUUGACCCCGACGAUCUCGCACAGACCGUCGCUGACUUUCCGGAUGUUGUCGAUGGACUCAUUGCUAUCACACGUGACUGGUCGGCCGUGUCCGAGAAAGAUCGCUCGCUCUCAUAUGAUCACAUCCUUCGCGCAAUUGAGAAAGCUGCGGAUGAGGCUGUUUCUGCCGGUACUCUGGAAAGUCGAGACACUUUUUCUGUCCUCGUUCCCGGGGCCUCCUUGGGACGUCUCGCAUGGGAGAUUGCUAAUCGCGGCUUUGUCGUCCAAGGUGUAGAGAGUUCAUACUUGCAGCUGUUUAUGUGCAAUUACAUCAUGAAUGGCUCCGCUACCCCGGAAGCGCCCUUGCAUUUGUAUCCAUACGCCCAUCACACCGGAAUGGCACCUUCUGUUAAUGACCAAUGCAAAGAGGUGGAAUUUCCGGAUACCAACCCGCGUCAGCUGCAGAAUCCAAACUUCUCCAUGGUCGCCGGCGAGUUUCUUGAGUUGUACAACAAGGAAGACGCCUGGGACUGCGUCGCAACCUGCUUCUUUGUUGAAAACUCGCACAGCAUUGUUUCAUAUGUGCGACGUAUUGCAACGAUUUUGAAAUCAGGUGGUGUUUGGAUCAACCAUGGAAGUCUGGACUUUCGAUUUGACGACUCAGAGACAGAGCCGAGCGUGGAGGUUACCGCAGAAGAAUUGGAGUUGGUCAUCCAGCGUGCGGGCAUGCGUAUCAUUAGAAAAGAGAUGCUCAUCUGCAAACCUCCAUUCGCAGUUAGUGGGAUGAUCAAUGAGGAGUAUAAGAGCAUUUUUACAGUCGCCACUCGCAUUUAGGACGACGGAAGCGACUGAGAGUCGGACGCACCCCUACGAAGCAGGAGAUUUGCAAAUUUUUACUAGCUUGCGCGGCUUUCGGUAUCCAACGCAGAACCUUGGAAGGUACACUGCGUUGCAGAAACAAGAAUCGUUAGAUAGGAUUUAACUGGCAUUAGCAGAGCCGAUCGUGGCUAUUCGAGAGGUAAAUUCAUCAAAUCGGGUAGCAAGUCAAUGUUUGCAGCUCGAUUAUUUUU